GACUUCCUCACUGCUGGUUUUUCAAAUGUUUUUGUACUUGUACUCUUCCGGCUGAAUUCCCGUACGCGAAGAAAAGACUAAAAUAGAGGGCGGCGCGAGUGAAAACUGGGGUGCGGCCACAUACGUAGUGGGUCUGUGACACUUAGUCGUACUUGCAUUGUUUUAUUAUUCCUCCGUGCUAAACAACAUCAAUAAGCAGAAGCACCACGAAGGCGAAUUUGCAAAAGUCCUUGUCUGCUAGGAAGAUGUCGGCCGCUGCUGCGUCCAGUCAUCAACCAGCUCAGACGGUCGUAACCGUGCUGAGCAACAACCAAAGCACUCACACUUCCCCACCCUUGCCGCCAUACUUGGGCGGGGCCGCGCAGGGAAACGUGCGCAUCUCGGUGUUUGAGCCGAAGGAGUUUCCGGCAAAUCCGAAGGUGGAAUGUUGGGAGGUAACGAUCAAGCGGGUGCGAGAGCAGCUGGUGCUGUGGAAGGAGACGGUGCGGGACCUGCGCUUCACGGUGGACAUCCCCACCACGACUGGUUCUUCGCAUAGGACCCCGGGCACGUCUCACAGCAACAGCGUCUCGCCGCUGAACGCAGCACCCAGCAGCCUCGGGCUGAGCACCCCGUCGCAACGGUUCCAGCAGAAUAGUGCCAACAACACCAGCCACCGCAGCCGCACGCCGUCCGGCGAAAACCCUGCUUGGGGCGGUGGCAACAAUAAAGCCACGACGGUUCUAUUAGACGAAAAGGAUGCGAUCGUGCUCGAGUUUUUGCCCCAAUACGACCCCGCGUGGGUGACGUUUCUGACCGAGAACGGCCUGAGCGCCAACGCGGGCGGGUCCGCCUCCGCCGCGGACAAUAUGUACCACUUGAAUAUCCCCCUGACGGCGAUCGCGCUGGACAAGUUUCCUUCCUGGUCCGGGACCAGCGCGCUGUACCCGCGGCUGCAGUACCCCGCGGUAGACCAACCUUUCUACUUCCAGAACGCCGUCUCCCUGGGGCAAAAGGUGCGGAAAAACAACUCGCCGAACGUGAAAUUGGCCUUCCAGUUUCUGCCGACAGCGAUGAGGAGUUGUGAGGCGCAACUUCCGGACGAGAAAAUUGCAGCCGGAAUCGGAGGACCGCAAACUUUGCUCCUGCCGCUUUCAUCUCGGGACGGGCAGUUUCAGCAAGAUCAGCGAUUACCCCCACUCGGGGGGAGUGCGAUGAAUCACAAUCAACAACAAGAGAUAUUAAAUGCUGCUUCGGCACUAGCUGCAGCAACAGCUGCGCAAGUGGAGGUUGACUCAGGCAAUGCGUCUGCGUUAGAUUUGCAUCGCUUGCGUGGCUCGGUCGCCUACGCACGGCUGCUGCAUCUCCAGACACUGCCUGUGAUUCUACCCGCGGAGAUAAACUGAUGAAUUGGAAUUGAAGAUGAAUUGCUUCGCCGUCUUUCUAUUUGUAGUACAACAGCUAGUUGCGGCAACUGGCGGUUGCGCCAGCUCUCGAAAAUGAUA